AGACACACACACACACACACACACACACACACACACACACACACACAGAGAGAGAGAGAGAGAGAGAGAGAGAGAGAGAGAGAGAGAGAGAGAGAGAGAGAGAGAGAGAGAGAGAGAGAGAGAUGGCUCGGAGACUGAUUGGGCUUCGUAGCCAUAUGGGGGGCCAUAAGCUGCCUGCUAUUUGCCAAGCAGCGGUGGAGCAUCCUACGGGUUUCUGGGAAGGUAUGCCUGCUGCACAAGCAGGUCCGAACUGGUGUUCAAGCAUGAGCAAUAACAAGUGCUCGUUUGGCGGCGUAGAGUUCAAAGAAGCCAAGAACAUUUCAUGGCGUCAUCGGCAACGACCUGGAGGUGGUAUCUGUCAUCUGAACAGCCAUCAUCAAUCUCGAGGCUACUACCAACACGACGGUUAUCAUGCUCAUCAUCAUGGUGAUCCUCGGGCAAUGAUGGGAACUACUGUCUUGUGUGUAAGGAAGGAUGGGAAGGUAGUAAUCGUUGCGGAUGGUCAGGUGACUGUUGGAUCGGAAAUCAUCAAGCCCAAUGUACGUAAGGUUCGUCGGAUUGGCGACAACGUGAUUGGUGGAUUUGCAGGGGCGACUGCCGAUGCUUUCACACUGUUUGAAAGGCUGGAGGCCAAGCUGGACGAGCACCCCGGUCAGUUGACACGCGCGGCUGUGGAAUUGGCUAAGGCAUGGAGAACAGACAAAUACCUCAGGCGGCUGGACGCAGUGAUGGUCGUGGCAGACCCUGAUUUGUCUCUCACCAUAACUGGCAAUGGGGACGUGCUGGAGCCGCACGAUGGCAUCAUCGGGAUUGGAUCAGGCGGCUCACUUGCUCUUGCUGCGGCACGUGCACUCAUCGAUGUUGUGGACAUGGACGCCGAAUCCAUUGCCCGGAAAGCCAUGAAGAUUGCAGCCGAUACUUGCAUUUAUACUAACCACAAUUUCACUAUCGAAACUAUUGAUAGCAACCUUUCGCCAAGGGUAGAUAGGACUGCCGACUCUUUAUCGUUUCCCACCAAGAAAUGAACUCUUUAUGUAUAGCUCAGUGUUCCCCUCUCCCACUUCUUCCAGCUGGAUUACUCAAACAAACCUGCCGGUGGGUU